AUGGAGGUGGCCAAUGCACCUUUCUGCAGUACUUGCCCUAAUAGUUUAAACCUCGUUAUUGGGGUCAUCUGUUCUCGAGAAGGGAUUCUUAUCCUGGUGAACCCCCGAGUGAUAGGGUCCGAAGUCGACCACCCCUCAAAGACAGAAAACAGAGCUGAUAGCACAAAUUACACAGUGGGGUUUAUUGUUCAAGAGUUGGUGACCUGGAGAGGAGACCUCAGGUCAGAACAGAGACCUGUUGGGCUCAAGAGUCCUGCUGCUGUCCCUCACAGCCUGCCUGGAGUGUCUCCUCUGACACUGUGCAAUGUAGCAUGGCCUAGGAAGUGGGGAAAUCAGGAACUUGGAAUAUUUCCUAUCUGUGAAGAGUUGAACACCACUGGAGAAUAUCUGAGGCUGGAUACAGCUGUGACAGCCUGGCUGUCAGUAAGCACACCACAGGAUAAACCUGACCAGAUGGACAUUCGACAAAUAAUCCAGAAGGCUCUCUUGAUCACAAGGAUUCUGGAAUGUAUCAUUUCCCUGGUGGGGCUGGCAGGAAAUGCUGUGGUGCUCUGGCUCCUGGGCUUCCGCAUGCAGAGGAAUGCUUUCUCCGUCUACAUCCUCAACUUGGCAGGAGCCGAUUUUGCUUUUCUCUUCAUCUUCAUGACUGCAUGCAUUAGAUCAUUCUUUCCAGGACUACAGUUUAAAUUCUCCUACAAGAUUAAAUUUUUGCGCAACAUUUUUAGCUUUCCCUAUAUUGUAGGCCUGAGCAUUAUUACUGCCAUUAGCACUGAGCGCUGCCUGUCUGUCCUAAAGCCCAUCUGGUUCUAUAGCCACCGCCCAAAAUACUUAUCUGCUGUUGUGUGUGCCCUGCUUUGGGCCCUGUCCUUGCUCCUAAGCACCCUGAGAAUCACAUUCUGUGACUACCCGAGUGGAAUGUAUGAUGAAUAUUUGUGUGAGCUAACUGAUCUAAGCAUUGCCAUAUGGCUGGUUCUCUGCUCUGUGCUUCUAUUAGUAUCCAGCCUGGUGCUGCUGACCAGAUUGCUGUGUGGCUCCCGGAAGCUGAAGCUGACCAGGCUGUAUGUGACCAUCAGUCUCACAGUGCUGGUCUUCCUCCUCUGUGGCCUACCUUGGGGUAUCGGCUUAUUCCUCAAACCCUCAAGAAUAAUUUGGAAUGGUAUACAUGGCUUUAGAUAUAGUCUAGCAACACAGGUACUCUCCUGUGUCAACAGCUGUGCCAAUCCCAUCAUUUACUUUUUUGUUGGCUUUUAUAGGAAGCAGGAAAGACAGCAAAGAAGGCACCUCAAAAUAAUACUGCAGAGGGCUUUGCAGGACAAUCCUGAGGAUAAUGGAAUUGAAGGUCGCCCUCAGGAGACUCUGGAAAUGUCAGGAAGAAACAAUGAUUCCUAUCCCAGAGUCAUGCUGUAG